AUGGAAGAGGCUGAUGUUAAGCAGUUAAUUUCCCUCAUUGAGUCAGCUCAGUUACAGUAUGAGGUGGACGAAUCGGGAACUGUCUCAAUUGUUUGCGACCCUGUUCAGUUAGUGGAGUCUGCUAGUAUUGACAGCACCCAAAGUAGCCUUAUCAAUGAAGGAAGUCUUCUAACACCCCAAAAUGGAGCGCCAGUACCCACAGAUCAGCUCUUUUUAUUUAACAAGUUACAUGUGUCCUGUGGAAUCCCAGAUGUUUUGGCAAUUACAGCGAUCAAAACAGAUGAAUCGGAAGUCAGGACCCUCGACCAAGGCGGAAGGAAUAUGAAAAGGUGCUUCAAAGAGCAGAAGAUUAAAGUGGAGCAGGAGGAAGAAACAUCCAAACAGAGCAGUGAAAGCAGUCUUAUUCAGCCAACACCAGAAGCUACCUCCCCAAUUCAUUAUUUUCUUCAGACGACAAAUGGCGAAAUAAUUCAGGUCUUAGAAACUUUUGGCGAUGUGAAUGAAGAAUCAGCCGAAGGGGUCCCACAGUCCUUGGAGGGGAUUUCAUCUGGAGAAAACUUUAACAGCAACUUAGGAACGGCAGCGAAUGAAGACAUGCAGAUUUUUGUUGUCGGUGACUGUAGUGGCGGAGAUAUGUUUUUGAUUGAUACCCCUGACCGGCAUUUGACUCAAGACAACGGGGAGUCCUUGGAUGCGCCUCAGACUGUAUAUAAAGGCCCAGGAACCAUCUCCAGCAUAAACGAGCACAUGAACAAGGAACCAGAAGAAGGGGCACCAUUGCCAGAAGACAAGGACCCAAAUAUCUUUUUGAAUGUCGCACUAAUAGAAGACGACGCUUCCGUUUCCAAAGCUCCCGAUGUGUCCUCGAAGAUAAACAGGCCUAUAGUAAGAACAAGUCUUCAUAGGAAGCCGUCGUUAUCUUCUGCUGGCGGCAGGCAGUAUGUGAAGUUGAUGUCCCAGACUAAACCAAGACUGCCUUUGCGAGAUAGUAGCACAUUGGACAGUCUCCCAACCACUUUAGCUGAAGGAUCCGUGAUACAGACUAACAAAGGGGAGAUGAUGGCUUACAGUCUCUCGUCUGUUACUAAAGACGAGUCCCCUGGAAAGAAAAGUGUUUUGCAUAACAUUGCUUCAUCGUUUGGAUCAUGGUUGAAAGUCCUGAGGCCAGUGGAUCAAGAGAAAGAACUUAACCCCACAAAUGUCAAGAAAAGGUUUACUCUGUAUUCCUGUGAAGAUUGUGGGACUGUACUACAUUCGGAAAGAUCCCUGAAAAUUCACCGGCGCAGGUUCCACGAGGAAUGGGACGACGAGUGUUACAUCUGUGGAGAAAAGUUCUUGAAUCAGCACUAUGUGCGAAAUCACGUCAGAGAAGUCCACAGCGAAGAGAGUUCGUUCGAGUGCCGUUACUGUUCCUUUCGCUGUUCACUCAUGAAAGAGUUCUUCAAGCACUGCAGGGUCCAUAAAAAGUCACAAAUUUGUAGUAGCUGUGGAAAGAAGUAUGCGUCGCCAAAACUCUUCCGGGAUCACAUUGCAAAUUGCAUUUCCAAGCCUGAUGCGAAGUUUGACUACAUGGAUGAUGUUGACUGUGAUUACCCAGUGAAAAUUCCUAAAGGCCUUGAUAAAAAAGACAACUGUAUAUCUUAUCAGACUCCUGCUGAUAUCAUUUCUAAUAAAAAGAAAUCAGGAAAGAAUGAUCAUAACAAAAAAAGGGAUUUAGAAUACAAAGUGGAAUCGAAACAUUAUAGUCAACAAAUCAAGAAAAUGGCCCUAGAACAGUCCACUCGAAGCCGUAGUCAGGGUCGAUACAGAACCCACAGAUGCUAUUUAUGUUUCAAGUUAUUUUCAAACAGUGCAGAUCUUGAUGCCCAUAAGGAAGUAUAUCACCAAGUUAAAUCAUCACAGCCUGUCAGAGUAAAAACUGAUGAUUCUCUGGGAAGGGAAGAAGAAGAUACACUAGAAGUUCAGCAGACAAAAGAGUCACAGUCAUGCUGUGAUGAUACUAACGAGGGAGUCCAGAUCAAAUCAGAGCCUCCUGACAUUACAGAGAAUAUCGAAAACGUCACGAUUGUCCUCGAUGAAUACAUGAACUUAUCUCAGGUUAUCAAGCCAUUGUGCAUUGCCUGCAAGGCAUACACGAAAACCGACUUUAGAGAAUCUUGUAAGUUGUUCCAAAAUAUCUCGAAGCUUGACCAGUCGGAAGCGCUGAAAAAGUUUGAGAAGUUCUUUCCAUGUGCCCUUAAUCACGAGUCCCUUGUAGGGCCUUGGGUUUUGUGUAAAAAGUGCUCUGUGCUCAUUGAUAAAAUCACAGACAUGGAAGAGAAGCUCUUGUCGAUGAAGAGUGAUCUUAUGUCACGUCUGCAAGGGAAUGCAGAGGGCCCGUCUGCUUGUGCUGAAAAUAAAUUUAUAGUUGAUGGUGAUGAUGAUAAAAAAGGGGAACAAUUACUUUGCAAGCUCAGGAAAGAUUGUGCCGAUACUGAAAAGUACGUAAGAGAGAGUUUUGAAAUAAUGGAGAUAAUUCAGCCUGCUAAAAGAAAACGCAAACAUAAAACAGAAGGAGAAAAACUUGCCCCUGUGCUUUUAAGUGAUGAUGACGAUGACGAGUUUUCCGCUAAUAAUGAGACUGAAUACGUCUCAAAUACAGAAAACUUGGAAGUUGAUGGAGACAAAAGUCCUGAGGAAAGUGUCAUGAAAAUACCAGUCAAUUUAAGUAGUGUCAAAAAGGAAAUAGCAGACGAUGGAGUUGAAAGGUCACAGGACAUCAAAGGAGCAAACAUUAAAAGCGAGCCUUUUCAUCGGGAGCUUGAAUCAGUUAUUCCCGAAUCUGGUAAUCCAAAUUGGACGGAAGAUGAGGGUAAUCCCUUAAAUGCGGAAGAACAGUUGAAUGAUGAUUUCUUACUCCCCGUUGCUAAACCUAAAAAAGAUAAUCAGUUAGAUCCUGAACUGUUUCAUCACCAGCUUUUAACAGAAGUUGACGGCGAAGCCUCCCAAAAGAAGUCGUAUAAAGGAAACUCCGACGAGGGUCCUGGAGGGGAGGAUGCUUCAGAGGAAGUCUGUCAGGAGAAAGUCUUACCUGACUUGCAUUCAGACCAUGCACCUUCCAAUUCUUCAAAGUUUGUUAACAAAACAGAAGUUAAAUCUGAUGAAGGAGAUUGCAUGGCCCCGCUUGGUCAUAUUCAAGAAGUUUUGAAAGACUUGGAUGCAAAGAAAGAAGACGUGGGUUUGAAAGAUAUUGGAAAUAAGAUGGAUUCUAACAGUGGUUUUGAAACAUUCGGCGAGGAUAUUGAGGCAAAAGAAGAAGAAAAUUCCAAAGUUUCUCAUGAACCGAUGCAGAAACCUCUUGUGGGGAAGAAGCGUGCCAGAAUUCGAGAGGAGAGGAACAUGAUGAGCUACCGCUUAGAAGGUAAUGUUGCAAAACCGUGGGUUUGCAGUAGCUGUCACAAAGGAUUUUCAACUCAGCGUGGUGCGUGUGAUCAUUAUGCUGCUUCUCACGGUGGUCAGAGCUAUUCCUGCGAGCACUGCAGUGCGUCUUACGUGAGGAAGAGAGACCUGAUCGGCCACUACAACAGAGUACACCUGAAGUCAAAACCCUACAAAUGCAAGAAAUGUAGUGAAUCCUUCAGCAUGCACAGUCAGCUCUACAGACACAUGCACAUCGCCCACAUGGAAGAAAAGAAGGAACCGACUCAGUACACGUGUCACCUGUGCGAUGCUUCGUUUUCCCAGAAGCGUUACAGAGAUGCCCACCUGGAAGCUUGUGAAACCAAGGGCAGCGACGUUACUCCUUACACGUGCCUGCUGUGCGACAAGUCGUUCAAGCUGGAAAAGUACCUAGGUCUUCACAUGCGAAAUUGCCAUUCGGUGAAAAGUGACGCCUUUUUCUGUGAGAUUUGCAACAAGGUGCUCAACGACAAGAGGAACUUGAUUCUGCACAUGAAGAGUCACAGUGGUGAAACGAAAACCUCUUGCACCAUCUGUCACAAGCAGUUUAGCCGCAAAGCAUACCUGUGGACGCACAUGAGGGUGCACACGAACGAAAGACCUUACGGCUGUAAUUACUGCCCCAAGUGGUUCAAGCAGUACAGCACUUGGAAAAAUCACGAAAGAACGCACACGGGAGAGAAGCCUUAUAAAUGCACCGUUUGCAAUUCCUGUUUUGCCACCAGCUCCUCUGUCUCGAAACACCUGCAGUACGCUCACUAUAAUAUCAGAGAUUUUGGAUGUACCGUUUGUAAAAAGUACUUCAUAAGCAAAGCCAAGUUAGAAGAGCACAUGAAAACGCAUACAGGGGAAAAACCCUUCAAGUGUCCUGUCUGUGGUCGGGCUUUUAAUAAGAAAACCAAUUUGCGCACCCACAUGUAUAUUCAUUCAACUAAUAAAAGAUUUAAGUGUGAGAUUUGUGGCGAGGGCUUUAUGAGACGAACAGCCAUAGAAAACCAUAUUCUUGAAAGGCACAGUGAUUUGGAACUACUCCUUGCCUCGGAUAUGUCAAACGCAAGCAAAGGCAAAGCUAAUGGUGUGACUGCAGCUACCUCUCCGUUUAUAUCAGUAAUUGGAGCGGAAGAUGUUAAUUCCGAAGACACUUACAUCGUUGUGUAUGCUGACGAAGAUAAAGAGGCCAAGAACUCGAAGGAUAUGCAGGUUACGGUAUUGGUGGAUGAUGUACAGUACUCUCAGGUUCGUUCUGCAAGCAAGAAACUGAAGUUAUCGGUGGGGUCAAACCAGAUUGAUAGGCCUUUAUCACAUGGCAAUAAUUCGGAAGUAACCAUCAAGGAAGGAGCUUCCAUCAGAGAGAGCGGAACUUUGCCCAGUUUGAUCACGACGGAGGACGAGACUGAUUCAUCUAUACAAGCUCAUGACACUUCUCAGGCUGCAUACCUCUAAGUAAAAGUGCAUUAGGAAUUGAAUCCAGUCUCCUUAGCUAUCUAGAAAUCACUCAAAUGCAGGUAUUCCAAAGUAUCAUUACUUUAUAUGAGAUUUUCCACUGACGCUUUUGAAGUCGUUCGAUAUUAUUUAUGUCACAUUUUAUAAAUAAAUUAA